AUGUCCAAGGCAGCGUCCAAGGCAAGGGCCCAGGUUGUUCGUCUUCUCAUUCCUGCUGGCAAGGCUGCACCCACACCACCUAUUGGUCCUGCUCUGGGUGCACGCGGCGUCAAGUCUAUGGACUUUUGCAAGGAGUUCAAUGCUAGGACAGCCCAUAUAGAUCCAGGCGUUCCUGUCCCUACUCUGAUCACCGUCCAACCUGACCGCUCUUUCACCUUCAUCACCAAAACACCACCUGCUUCCUAUUUUCUCAAGAAAGCUGCUGGGCUUGAGAAGGGGACUGGCCGUCCGGGGCAUGAGGCCACUGGCACGAUCAGCCUCAAACAUGUGUACGAGAUUGCAAAAAUCAAAGCGACAGACGAGCAUAUGAAGACUCUGCCGUUGGAAUCCAUCGCUAGAAUGAUCAUAGGGAGUGCCAGGAGCCUAGGGGUUCAGGUGGUUGCAUGA